CUUGUCCACUUGCCCAGAAACUCACCCCUCCUCUUCCAUCCCCACCGUCAAAUGUCCGUCGCGCCACGCCGCCGCCUUGAUGAUCAGAAAAGCGACGGCCACGAUCACCCCAUUCAAGCACCAACUCUUGUUCUUCUUCUCCUCCUCCUCCUCUCCACCACCACCGGACAACCUCCCUUCCCAGCUCUUCGCCAUCCUCUCCCGCCCAAACUGGCAAAAACACCCCUCCCUCAAAGCCCUUAUCCCCUCCAUAUCCCCCUCCCACGUCUCCUCCCUCUUCUCCCUCAACCCGGUCCACCCCCGAACCGCCCUCCACUUCUUCACCUGGCUCGCCCACAACCCCAAAUUCCACCACAACGUCCACUCCCACUCCUCCCUCCUCGCCCUCCUCCUCCGCAACGGCUUCUCCGGCCCCGCCGAGAGGGUCCGCAUUUCGAUGAUUAAGGCUUCAAUCUCUAACGCCGACGCCCGGUUCGUGCUGGACCGGUUGCGCCGGUUCAAGCACGAAUUCGGGUUCAAGAUCACCCUCAGAUUAGGCAAUGUAGUUGAGGCUGGUGUCUAUGUUAGUAAGAUCGUUGAGGCGGGUUUGAAGCCGAAUACGAAUACUUACAAUUCUUUGAUAAUGGGGCAUUGUAGGAAUAAGGAUGUGGAUAGUGCUUACAGGGCUUUUAAGGUGAUCCCCAACAAGGGUUGUGCAAGAGAUGUGGUUUCGUAUAAUGUAUUGAUACACGGGCUCUGUGAGGCUGGCAGGAGUAACGAGGCGUUUGAGUUGUACUCUAAUAUGGAGAAGGAUGAGUGUUUACCAGAUGCGCCGACGUAUAAUGUUCUUAUUCAUGCAUUGUGUAGAGGGGGGAGGAGAUUGGAAGGGAUGAGUUUGUUUAAGGAGAUGAAAGAGAAGGGUUGUGAGCCUAGUGUAAAUACUUAUAAUGUGCUCAUUACUAGCCUGUGUGACGAAAAUAAGCUUCAGUAUGCUAGGAAGGUUCUAGACCUGAUGUCGGGGAAAGGGUUGGUUCCGGAUGUUGUCACGUACAAUGCAUUGAUUGAUGGGUAUUGCAAGGAGGGAGCGGUUGAGGCUGCGUUUGGGAUUCUGGGUUUGAUGGAAUCUAAUAAGUGUCGUCCAAAUGCUCGCACGUUUACUGAAUUGAUUCAUGGCUUUUGUAAAAGGAAUAAUGUGCACCAGGCAAUGGCGCUUCUUGAUAGGAUGCUUGAACGGAAGCUCUCACCAGACCAGAUUACAUAUAAUUCGUUGAUCAAUGGGCAGUGUAAAGCAGGUCAUGUAGAUAGUGCUUAUAGGUUGCUUAGUUUGAUGAAACAUAGUGGUUUAGUUCCUGACCAGUGGACUUACAGUGUCAUCAUCGACAGUCUCUGUAAGUUGGGGAGAUUAAAAGAAGCUCAAGCCCUCUUCGAUUCUCUCAAGGACAAAGGCAUCAAAUCUAAUGAAGUGAUAUUUACGGCUUUACUUGAUGGUUACUGCAAGAUUGGGAAAAUCGAUGAUGCUCGCACUUUAUUUAAUAGAAUGCUUGCUGAGGGUUGUUUCCCAAACUCGUAUACUUACUGUGCCUUCCUAGGUGGGCUGUGCAAAGAGGGAAAAACAAAGGAAGCAUUAUCAGUGGUGGAACAGAUGCUAAGUAGUGGUGUGAAGCCUACAGUCCACACUUGUAAUGUUCUAAUUAACCAUGUGCUGAAAGAAGGGGAUUUCAACCAUGCUCAGAGGUUUUUGAGUGAAUUUGUUUCUCUUGGUUACCGACCUGAUGCAGUCAUGUACGGUACAUUUGUUCAUGCAUAUUGCAGCAUAGAUAAUAUAAAAGAAGCAGAGAAGGUAAUGACUAAGAUGGAUGAAGAAGGAAUUUCUGCAGAUUCAUUGACAUACGCAUUUUUAAUCGAGGCAUAUCUUCGUUUGGGAUUAAUAGAUUCUGCAUUUGAUGUCUUUAAGCGCAUGUUUGAUGCUCAUUGCAACCCUUGUCAUCGCAUCUAUUACUUGCUCAUCAAACACCUGUCAAAUGAAAAGUUGCUGCAGACCGACGAUAAUGUAGUAGGACUUCAUAUGGUUUCAAGUGUCCCAUCAGCUGAUAUGUGGAAGACAGUGGAUUUUGAAAUUGCUUUAGAGCUCCUUGAGAAGAUGAAUGAACAUGGUUGUGCACCGAAUGUGAAAACUUACGGUGAGCUUAUAGUAGCACUUUGCAAAGUUAGGAACUUGGAAGUAGCCCGUAAGUUGUAUGCUCAUAUGAGAGAUACCAGCAUUUCUCCUAGUGAGGAUAUUUGUAACUCUCUUCUUAAAUGUUGCUGCGAGUUGAAGGUGUAUGGAGAAGCAGCUAUUCUGGUGGACGCUAUGAUUCAGCUUGGUUAUUUACCAGCAUUGGAGUCGUGCAAAUUGCUUGUAUGUGGACUUUUUGAAGAAGAGAAUAGUGAGAAGGCAAAUUCUGUUUUCUGCAGAAUUCUUUGUUGCGCGUAUAACUACGAUGAAGUGGCCUGGAAAGUUCUUCUUGAAGGUUUACUUACGAGGGGUCAUAUCAAUAGAUGCUCUGAGAUGGUAACCGUCAUCGAAAAUAUGGGUUACAAGCUUCAUUCUGAGACCUAUUCAAUGUUAAUUGAGGGAUUUGAUGGAAUAUAAUACUGAUCUUCAUUGUUGUUUUACCUGUAUAUGUUUCUGUUCAGCUCAAAGAGUAGAUCUUU